UUUAAUUAAUGACUGGAAGUGGCGACAAGGGUUUACCUAUUAUUGGUGUGAUUGAUGAUUAGAAUGGAGGAAGUGACAGGCCUAAAUGGUUCCAGCAACCUAAAUCCUAAAUAGUCAUCAUGCAGAGCUCAGAGAAACCAGCAACGGCAGGCGCUAGACUUAAGGCUUCUCCGAGGGAAGGACCAUUUCCAUUCAAACUGCAAUAUGCAGAAAGAUACAAAGAACUUCACAGGACUCUAUUUUGGUUACUACUCAUCUCCGUUUCGACGAAUACGGCACCUAUAACCAUUCUGCCAUGCUGUCCCAACAGAUUCUAUCGAUUGGUCCACUUGAGUUGGAUGAUUCUGUGGUACGGAUCGUUCAUCCUGGGCUCCUACUGGGAAUUCGUGCUCGUCACCACACAGAGGGUGUCCUUGGACCGCUAUCUAUAUGCCAUCGAGUCCGCCAUCUAUGUAGUUCACAUAUUUUCCAUCAUGCUCCUCACUUGGCAGUGCAGGAACUGGGCUCCAAAGCUGAUGACGAACAUCGUUAGAUCCGACCUGGAUAGAGCCUAUACCAUAGACUGCGGCAGAACCAAGGGAUUUAUUAGGCUGCAGCUGUUUCUGGUGGGGAUUUUCGCAUGUCUAGCGAUCUUCUUCAACAUCUGGACCCAGAACUGCGUUGUAUAUAGGUCGAUCCUGAGCAUCAACAGCUACGCGAUGCCCAAUAUCAUAAGUAGCAUAUCCUUCGUUCAGUACUACCUGCUGCUCCAAGGAAUCGCUUGGCGUCAAAGGCAACUAACCGAAAACCUGGAACGGGAACUAACUCAUUUACACAGUCCCCGAAUAUCUGAGGUCCAGAAAAUCCGAAUGCAUCAUGCGGAUCUGAUUGAUUUUACCAAGGUGGUGAACCGGACCUUUCAGUACUCCAUCCUACUGCUCUUCGUGGGAUGUUUCCUGAACUUCAAUCUCGUUCUGUUCCUCGUCUAUCAGGGCAUUGAGAAUCCGUCGAUGGCUGACUUCGCCAAGUGGGUAUGCAUGCUCCUCUGGCUGGCCAUGCACGUGGGAAAGGUUUGCAGCAUCCUGCACUUCAACCAGAGUAUCCAGAAUGAGCAUUCCAGGUGCUUGACCUUAUUGAGUAGAGUGUCGUGUGCCAGAAAGGAUCUUCAGGAUACCAUUACCCAUUUCAUCGUCCAAAUGCGGACGAAUGUGCGGCAGCAUGUGGUGUGUGGAGUCAUAAAUCUGGACCUCAAAUUUUUAACCACUUUGUUGGUGGCCUCUGCUGAUUUCUUUAUCUUCCUGCUGCAAUACGAUGUCACCUACGAAGCCUUGUCCAAGUCGGUUCAGGGCAAUGUCACUAGAUAUAAGUAGUAGUAUCUGAAUAUCUUAUGAACAUAAAUAAAAAUACAUUAAUUAUGCCUUUUAAAAUUGGCGCCUC